AAAGAAUUUUACUUCAAGUGCAUCACAUCAUCAUCCCAUCCAAAAAACCAACCAAAUACUUAAUUACGAGUAAAGUCCAAAUUUUUGCUUACUAAUGUUGUGAUAUUUCAUUUUUAAAGAUUUUAAUGACAAAAUGACGUCCACUGGACUGCUCAUUGUUUCCAAUGUCAAACGCAUUCAAAAGUCAUUGAACUCAAUACAAAAAUACGUUAACAACUUGUACAUUCACCUCAACAUCCCAACAACCAAAAUAAAACCCAUUCCAUCAUGGACCAAAAUUAUUUCUCGCAUCUAUUCCGAAGGUCUAACUGGUACACCACAAAUUGAUUUGAAAAUUCUAAUAACUCCUCUUAAAACGCAAUUGCGUGGUGGUAAUGACACCCAACCAAAACCAAAAAUUGACAUGGUUUUCUCUGAUGGAAAGUUUCCACAAAUUUGCGAUUCGGUUAGGGCUAAUUUUAAUAUUCCCAAUGAAACGAUAUACCUGACCGAUGAAACAACAUCAAAUGUUGAUGAGCAACAAAAUCACGAUCAGGAGACAAAAACCUAUGACACUGUCGUUUUGGGAGGAACCUUCGAUCGUAUACAUGUUGGUCAUAAAAUAUUCUUAACGGCAGCGGUGUUGAGAACAUGCAAGAGGUUGGUAGUCGGUGUAACUGAUCAGAAUAUGCUCAAGACAAAAAGACUUCCUGAGCUAAUCCUCCCAGUUGAACAGAGAAUUGAGGAUUUGAAGAAAUUUCUACUGGACAUUGAUUCGACAUUGCAAUAUGAUGUCGUUCCAAUAUCCGAUCCAUUUGGACCAACACAAUCGGAUCCUGAUAUGGAUAUGAUUGUUGUUAGUGCAGAAACACUUCGCGGUGGACAUAAAGUCAAUGAAUUGAGAGCCGCAAAAGGUCUGAAGCAGUUGGAUAUAUUUUGCAUUGAAAUGGUGGAGGAUUUCAGCGAUGACGGAGUAAAAGAGUUAAAAGUCAGUUCGAGUAAUACGAGGAUAGAUCUUUUGGGAACUAGAAUCAGGCCGAAAGAGCCACGAUCAAAUCUCCCCUCGGAGCCUUACAUCAUUGGUCUAACUGGUGGCAUAGCUUCGGGUAAAAGCAAAAUGGCUCAACGACUCCAUGCACUCGGUGCUUAUGUCAUGGAUUGCGAUAAAAUCGCCCAUGAAAUCUACGAACCAGACCAACUGUGCUAUCAGAAAAUAGUUGAGCAUUUCGGUGAGGGAAUUGUCAACACCACUGACAAGACAAUAGACCGCGUCAAAUUGGGUUCCAUUGUAUUUUCCAAUCCAGCCGAAUUGGAAAAAUUAAAUUCAAUUGUUUGGCCAGAACUUUUGGUCGAAGUUAAACGCCGCAUUAAAUUGGCACAUGAAAGUAGCGGCACAAAGAUUGUUGUCGUAGAGGCGGCAAUUCUCUUAAAAGCCGGCUGGGAUACAGAAUGUCAUGAAGUAUGGUCAAUGCUAGUUUCACCAGAUGAAGCCAUCCGACGCGUUGUCGAACGAAAUGGAUUAUCGGAAGAAGAAGCACGCAAACGUAUAGCAAAUCAAAUUGACAACCAAAUCGUAGUUGAAAAAUCCAAUGUAGUCUUUUCAUCUGAAUGGAGUCCCGACUACACCCAGAAACAAGCAGAAAAAGCAUGGACAAUGAUAACAACUGAAUUGAAGCAAAAGACAAAGGAGUAACUAAUUUUGAUUUGUCAAUUAGUUUAGUUUUCAUUUGUUUUUGUUUUUUUUUUUUAUAAAAAGAAAGUGGAACAAUACAAAUAAAUAAUUGGGGUAUAACCCGGGGCAAUUA